AUGUCACUGAAAUGUAUGCCUCUGUUAUUCCUUAAUAUGGGCAGUGAAAUGGUUUAUAUUUUGCAGCAACGCCUAAAGGCUCAAAAAAUAGGCAAAGAGAAGACAACACAAGUACUACGGGACAUUUUGCAUAUCCUUUUCAAUACCAAGUUUUUGAAGGAGUUAUUUGAGCCACAACAUAUUUGUAGCAAACAGAUUAUACGAAUUUUUUUCGAGAAGCUUGUCCAUUCCAGCAUUAUGAGACUUAACAAAACGAGCAUGGACAAGCUGUACGCAUUAAUGACGAUGACUUAUAAAUAUCAACUUCAACUUUGCAAUGGAUCUGAAAAUAUCGCUUUUAUUACGCUUAAUCAUUUAGACUGUAUCCGUGAAAUUCUACCUGAAGAUGAAAAGUUGAGUCAAUUUUUGGACGUGGCUCAUCGAAUGGUUAUUAUGACGUAUUACGAAAUUCCUCUCUGGGAGCAAGCAAUGAUUCGAAGCUGUUUGUUGAACUUCUUUCAGGAUUCACGAGUGAAUAUAUCAUUAUUUUUACGUGAAAACAAGCAAACAGAGGAAGGUCGAUUUAUUCUCUUCCCCGAAACAAACUCUCAAUUACUUUACAAUGGAAGUCCUCCUGGUAAAAUACGAUAUUUCGAUAGUGAUGGAGAAGUACGCUCAGAAUCGUUCCCCUCCGACGAUAAUGCAACUAUGCACAAGCCAUGUCUCUCCAAAGGGAGUAUUGAAUUAAAUGCGAAUGACAGAGGUACGACAUUGGGUACUAACAUGUUUCUAUCACCAGAAAGCCUGCAGGUAAAAAGUAGUGGGACAGCAAUGAGAUCAGAAGACGUAUUGCCAGAUGAUGAGUUACGACUAUUAUCAGCACUAAUUAUCAGUCCUGGACAAGAUCAGCAGAAAGGAUUUGAUCUGAAUCUAUUUACUGACGAUGCAGAAGAAAAAACAUUACUACAGGAGCGUGAUAAAGCACUGGCAACAGUUACUCACAUCGAUGCUAGAAAGCAUCGCAAAACGAUCAUCGCUAUGCUUUCUGACUUAAAGUUGGAAGCACCAUCACGACAGUCGAGAAAAGGAGAAGAUAUGUUAAAUUUAUUGGAUGAAGCAGUAAAUCAUCCCGAUUUGUCAACUAGAAAUUCUAUAAAGCGAAGUAUGUCAUCAACGAGAAAACAAGCACAAUAUGAGUAG